CAUCUCCUAGUGACUGGCUAUUUCCCCCGGAGCAAGUUGGCUACCGCGGGGAACACAUCCGUACGCCCCUCCUUCCUCGGCCGUGGACGAUAAGAUGAGCCCGGAUGAGAUGGGACAGCUUGCGACAGCGACUCAUAAGCAAACCAGCUCAUCGGCCUGGAACCGAUUGCCAACUCAAGUCAAACUCACAGCCAUGGUCCAGACCCUCUUCAUCUCAGCAUCAAACCAGGCAGACGCUAACCAACUGGACUAUCCAUCGGUGGUGCCCCUUCAGGGCCUGCAGUAACUGCACCUGGCAGCGCAGCAAAGAUGACGACGAUAAGCCGCAGCAGCAGCAGCACCCCGUUGCGAAAGAAAGAAAGGGGGUAAUCAACCCCAAAGACAUGAAACCAACCACGGCAGUCCACGGCAACACGUUUCUCACUCUGACUCUCGUUCUGGUCGAGAGCAACUCACUCGUCAUUGUCGGGGACGUGCUUUUUAGGCUGUUCCCAGCUUUUGUGUCUAUUCUCUCCCUCACCCUGUUGCCAAUAGUCUACCAUACCGCCGCACUAGUCCCUGUCUUGGCUACAGACUACAGUUCUCCCGAUCUGCAGCUUCAGCAGUUGUUCCACGGUGGUGCGCCCAGUGUGACGACCCGCCAACCGAAUCCGGUGUUUGCUUUGCUAGGCUGCGUUGCUUAUGCCGACCUUACACCAACAGUGGGUACUUCCAAGUAACUAAGUACCCCGUACAUUGUUGUUCUAUGUAGUGAUCACAGCAUAAGAUAGCUUCCCCGGGGAAGAGGGGGACGGCGCUGCGGCGAGACCACCACCGCCGUGGACCAUCAGUCAACCCUUCCCUUCCGGGCGCGGGACGCGGGCGCUUGGACUCCGUGAGUU